AUGAGUGAAACACGUUCGUCUCGGAGCCAUACAAGAAGGACUUCAUUCACAGUGGGACGUUCUCGAUCCCAUUCAAGAUCCAACAGUAAGUCCAGAAGACCUUCGCUUUCGGGUAAGAGAUCUUCUCAGCGUCUAAUACGGACCAUUAGUGUUGAUACUGAUGCGUUUAGCACUGAUGAUGAAUCUAAGUUUGAAACCUUCUCUGCUGGUUCAGAGUCAGCGGGGCCUACGAUAGCGGAGGAUGAUUCAAUCGUCUCUGGGGUCACCGAUUUAAAGUUAGACAGCGAUCGUAGUUACGAUAGCAGUAAUCGUAUGGGCUCGCAGACAUCGAGUGAAGUUAUUGAAGUUCCCUAUGUCAACGUUAUCCUGGAUAGUACUUUACCGCAAGAUUAUUUGAAGGACGAUAUUCUGAAUACCAUACAAAGUCUUAAAAUACCAAGAUGGUACGUUCGUGGCUUUUCCGAUGUCUCACCGUUGGAAAGGAAACUAUUGAAGUUGACCAAGAUCACUGGUGCAAUGACCAAUGUAAUUUAUAAGGUCGAAUAUCCAGGAGUACCAUCCCUUUUAUUGAGAGUAUAUGGUCCCAAUAACGAUUCCAUCAUUGAUAGAGAUUAUGAAUUAGAGGUUUUGGCGAGAUUAUCAGUACGUAACAUUGGUCCCUCGUUGUAUGGUUGUUUCGAAAACGGUAGGUUUGAGCAGUUCUUGGAGAAUGCGCAAACGUUGAGUAAAGAUGAUAUUAGAGAUUGGAAGACUUCGCAGAGAAUAGCCCGUAGAAUGAAAGAAUUACACAAGGGUGUUCCUUUGCUGAAAUUUGAGAGAGAAGGAGGUCCAGCUUGUUGGGCAAAGAUAAAUCAAUGGAUAAACAGAAUAGAAACCAGAGGUCGUGAAUGGGUUAAAGAUGACGACAACAUAAGACAUACCCUACUUUGCAAUAAUUGGUCAGAGUUCAAAACGGUAGUGGAACAAUACUGCAACUGGUUGUACGGGCAAGGAUCAUCCAACGUGAAGAAAUCUUUAGUUUUUUGUCAUAACGAUGCGCAAUACGGUAACUUAUUAUUCACUUCACCCGUUAUAAAGGCAGAUAAUCCCAUUCAUUCUGCUCCCAAAAGUGCAUCCUCAACAUCUUUAUUCCCCCAAAAUUCAAAUGUGUCGUUAGAACAGAUCAUCAAUCCACCGAUUCAAGAUCAAAGUCAAGAUUCCAAAUUAGUGGUCAUAGAUUUCGAGUACGCUGGUGCAAACCCGGCAGCUUUCGACCUUGCAAAUCAUUUGAGCGAGUGGAUGCAUGACUAUAACUGUUCUGAACCCUUCAGAUGUAACCCAAAGAAGUUUCCCACUAAGGAGCAAAUGUUGAAUUUCGUUUACUCCUACGUUUCACACUUGAGAGGAAACUCUACCACUAUAAUUGAUGACGAAGUGAAACAUUACUACAACGCCAUUUUAAAAUGGAGAGGUAGCGUACAAUUAUUCUGGUGCCUAUGGGCCAUCUUACAGAGCGGAGACUUACAGAAUGAGGCUGUAGAACGCAUCGAAUCGAAGGGACCAAGUGGUAAUAAAUAUAUCAUUAAAACUGAACUCUCAGAUGGCAUAGAUGACGUCGCAUUAACAAAUGAUGAACUCGAAGGUGUAGAUAUCGAUACGUUCGAUUAUCUGGGGUAUUGUAAGGAUAAGAUCGCACUAUUUUGGGGUGACGCGAUUCGCUUUGGUGUCGCUCACGAAACAGAUUGCAUUGCAUCAGAAGUGAAAUACUUGGACACUCAAAUGCUAUGA